CAGUGUCCUCUCACUGGCCUUGGCCAGCUUGGGCAAUACAGUCUACAAUCGCUAUGCUAGGGCAGCGUCACCUACAGUGUACGUGGUCGUACCAGUCUUCUGGUGUGGGCAAGAUGCUGAGCCUCCUCCCGGCAACCUCUGCACCCGCCCACACGCAGUGAUCCCUCCCCAAGGCCGGGGCUGCUCUGUACAGUAACUAUCUACAGCCCACGUUUGAGAUUUAGGAAGGAAAAGCAGACGUUCUUGGGGAUGUUCGGACAGGAGUCGCCGUCAUUUCCGUGUUGGGACAGAAUGGUUGCUGAAACUUCUACUAACACUGUUCAUUAAUAAAGAUUCUAAUUUAUCAGUAGACUAUAGACCACAUUCUAAAGGGCAGUUUGUUUGUUUUUUUAUUACACUAGACCAAGUUAUUUCACCAACCUUCUCCCUUAAUUUUAGCCUUCAGCCUUAGUUAAGCCCCGUCUCCUGACAUGUAGGAAGACCAAUCCUACCUGGGAUCGAGGGCGGGCCGGGUCAGGUACGGGCCCCGCCCCUUCCGGAUGUGUCUCGUCUCCCAGCAACCGUCCAAACUCACCAGCUUUCUUCCGCUGAGUUUCGCUGCUACAGAUUCACUCUUUUACGAUGCUCAGUGCUUCCAAGCGGAGCUCUUCUGCGCUCUCGCCAACGCCUGGGGAUAUUCACAACCUCUGCGCUUGGCUGGACCAGCUCCCACUCAGCCGCCCCAAGCGCCACCUGGCUCGGGACUUCAGUGAUGGCGUGCUGGUGGCCGAGAUUGUGAAGCACUUCCGCCCUCGGCUGGUGGAUUUGCACAGCUACGUCCCAGCCUGCAGUACAGACCAGAAGCUGAGCAAUUGGAGCCUUCUCAACAGGAAAGUCUUUCCCAAGCUGCACUUGUGUAUCUCAGAAACUGACAUCCAAAAGGUGGUCUCCAACAGGCCUGGAGUUAUCGAGUCUAUCCUGUGCGCACUGAGGGAGAAAGUGGAGACCAGCGCUGUUCGUGUACGCUCCGGCAGUGCAGCUGGAAGUGAUCCAGGACACUCUGGUGUGGAUGAUAUCCGACCUUGGGUGGGGCUUACCUCCCACCCACAUCCCACCAGGAUUCAAGAUCCUAAUGUGGAUAAUUGCAGCCUGUCAGAGCCCCUCUGGGACUCUGGUGGAGAAGAACACUACGUUCCUGAAAGCUGGAAGCAAGAUCCUGAGCUGAUGGUGUCUAUUUGUCAUUCAGGCCUACAGAGCCCUCCAACCCCCUUCAGCCCGAAGACCCUUCAGAAUCAAAGGGAUUUGGAGAAAAUGGGCUGCUGUGCUCGCAGAGGGGACCUAAUUGAAGGGCUCUGGGGUGACCUGGCCAGCACCCAGCAGCAGCUGGAGGAUAAGGAGCAAGCACUAGCUCUUCUGCAGGAGACAGUCAAGAUUUUGCAGAUGAAAGUGAUGAGGUUGGAGCACCUGGUACAGCUGAAGGACCAACGGAUCUGGGAGCUGAUGAGAUCUGGACCUGAGGAGCAUCAGCUCUGGAGGGGCCCCCAUCCAGAGUCAUUCAGACCUGGACCCUGAGCCCAGCUGGAGCCUCUCCCUAAUCGCACAGUCUCUGUGUGAGUGUAGGAACAGGUGUAGAGGCCAGAGCACCCUGGGACUGCAGACGAGUUUGGACAGAUUUGCGUUUGAUUCUCCCCAUCCCCCAGUAUUUUGUCAUCAUUACUGAUUGCUGCAUUUGUGAGGUCCUGGUAUGUGUAGUGUCUCCGGGUCGCCUUCCACGGUAGGUGGAGACUGUAAACCAUGUGGCCCCCCUGUGACAGCCACCCUGAAGUUUUCUAGAGAUCCCACCGAUGGGACCCCUGGAAGACUUGGCAGGCCUGAGCCUGCUGGACUUUUCCACUGCAGGGGGACACAAAGGGGAAGGUUUCAGGACGUGGCAAGAGGAAAGGCUGUAGGAGAGGAUGCCGUACCCCUUCUACGGUGGUCUGGGUACAUACUUUGCCCUGAAGAUUUGGGGAGCCAGGUGGACCAGAAUUCUGGGCCUGGAUGGCCACAGCAAGUUGCACUGCUCUUUGGUUCCAAGACAUGUCUGCUGCCUUUGGCCUCUGCGACAUCACAUUUCUGGACACCAACUCCAUCGCAGUGGGGUGGGCAUGCCCGGAUGCUACUUAGCUGCUCUGCUCAUCUAUUCACAGUGGGACUUACAUGGGGCUUCCUCCACUCCUCCAUAGCUACCACUGUCCUUGGAACCAACUUUCUCUGUGCCUUUAGGCCAUGGCUGGCCCCUGAAGGAUCUCAGGAAGUAGUCUCAGAAACCUCAGACUGAGGUCACAGUUUUACAACUGCCCCCAGAGUUCCAGGCACAGUUUCCUUCCUGAGUCAGAGGCGCGUCAUUAGCCGAAGGGCCCUACCACCCAUUCCACUGAGUCACUUUUCAGAGCACUAGUCAGGGAGGCAGUGUCCGCUAGCUGGCUCUGUCAGCCUUGCUCAUCUCUGGUCAGCUGAUUGGGAAAACUCGAUGCUUUGUUCCAAGCUGAGGCAGGGGACCUCCAGGAGAGUAGCCCCAAUGUUCUUCCAUUAGCCAAAGUACACUGCAGACAGAGGGGGACACCUCUGUUGCAUGUG